AUGGCUCUGCCAAAGUUCUUGCAGCCCAUCGGCUCAAAGGCUCCUGUCCAUCACGACCGAGUCGCUAUCGACGUUGCCCAAGCUGAGGCUCCCAGAUUCGAAAAGGUUAUCUGGUACAAGGAACCUCAUCUUCGCAAGCUUUACUUCCUUAUCAUCUUCCUGCUGAUUGCUUCAGCCACCACCGGAUAUGAUGGUAUGAUGGUCAACACCUCCCAGCAGAUGGACAGGUGGAAGGAGUACUUCCCUGAGCACACGAACGACAGCAAGCUCGGUAUCCUCAUCAACAUGUACAACAUUGGUUCCAUUAUCUCUUUCUUCAUCGUCCCCUACCUCGCUGAUAACUGGGGCCGAAAGCCCACUAUCAUGACUGGCUGUGUCAUCAUGAUUAUUGGUUCUUUCCUCUCUGCUUUCUGCAAUGGCUACGGCAUGUACAUGGGCGGUCGAUUUAUCCUUGGUUUCGGCAACUCUCUGGCCCAAAUGUCCUCCCCCAUGCUUCUUACUGAGAUCUGCCACCCUCAGCACCGUGGUCCUCUCACCGCCGUCUACAACUGUCUCUGGAACUUGGGUUCUCUGAUCGUUUCCGUUGUCGGUUGGGGCACUGCGAGCAUCAAGAGUGACUGGUCAUGGCGAUCCAUCACCUUCAUCCAGGCCGUCCCUUCCAUCAUUCAGCUUUGCGGUAUCUGGUGGGUUCCUGAGUCGCCUCGUUUCCUUAUCAACAAGGACAGAUCUGAGGAGGCUCUCCGCAUUUUGGCUAAGCACCAUGCCGGCGGUGACGAGAACAACGCCACGGUUCAGUUCCAAUACCGCGAGAUCAAGGAGACAAUCCAAGCCGACAGCGCUACCAAGUCCACUCGUUACAUUGACUUCUUCAAGACCCGGGGUAACAUGUGGCGUCUUGCUAUUAUCAUCUCUCUUGGUAUCAUCUCUCAGUACUCUGGUAACGCUAUUUUCUCCAACUACAUGGAUAUCAUUUACGAAGGUGCUGGUAUCAAGGAGCAAAACCAGAAGCUUGCUCUCUCUGCUGGAAAGACCAUUCUCGAUCUGGCUAUUUCUAUUGGUGCUGCCUUUACCGUUGAUAAGGUCGGACGUCGUCCUCUCUUCCUUCUCUCCAUCACUGGUAUGGUUUUCGGUUUCGUCUUCUGGACCAUCACCGGUGGUAUCUAUGAGAACUCUGAGUAUGCAACUCCACCCACCAAGGACAUGCCUAAUGGUGGUGUCGCAUACUCCAACAAGGGCGCUGGCUUUGCUCAGAUCGCUGCUGUCUGGAUUUUCGGUGUCUUCUACGACAUCGGUUGGUCUGGUCUGCUCGUCGCUUACGCCCUUGAGGUCCUUCCCUUCCAUCUCCGUGCUAAGGGUAUGAUGAUCAUGAACAUCACUGUCCAGGCCAUCCUCGCCAUUGGUAACCAGACCAACAAGGUUGCGUGGAACAACAUGCCCAACCACUGGAACUUCAUGCUCUUCUACACCCUCUGGGACUUCUGCGAACUUGUCUUCGUCUACUACUUCUACGUUGAGACCAAGGGUCCCACUCUCGAGGAAAUUGCCCGUAUCUUUGACGGUGACGACGCUGUUGCCCACAUCGAUCUCGCCCAGGUUGAGAAGGAGACCGCUAUUAUCCGCCAUGAGUCAAUUACCGAGUAUCCUUCUUCCAAGGCUUGA